GUCGGGGACUUGACCACUAGGCCGGGUCUCCCGUCCGUUGGGACACUUGCGGCUGCCCCAGGACGGGCAGCCUCGAUCCUGGUUUGUCAAUGGAUCCCGGGAGUCUGUGUCGGGGGAGGGCUGCCGUUGAGCCCGCCGCCGCCUCGCCCUGAACUGUUAGACCCCACACUGCCCCGAGAGGCACGAGAGAAACGAGCGUGCCCGGGACGGUGGUCGGGGCCAGCGUUUCUGGGAAACCCGGGCGGUGACAGUGGGAGACCGGAGUCUGGCUCCACCGCCGGCCGGCGGGAGUAAGACACGAGCCCGGAACAAGUCCCUGAGCUGCGCCGGGCCUCGCCGUCCACACCUGCCAAUUCCCUGCACCCUCUCAGUCCCUGGCCAGGUGUCACUCCUGGCCUCCUUUUCAAUGCUUGCCACUUAGUGCGUGUGUAUUUAACUCAAGUCCGGUUGCCACCCUCUUGCCAGACCCAGAUAGGAAGCGGCUGAAAGGUCGGGCCUCAGCCCGGUGGGAGGGCAGCGAGGAGCGUACAGCAGGCUUGGCUGGGGCAGGUCGGUGGCCCCGCGUCCUGCCCCAGGGGAAACAGACGGUGUAAUCUGGCUUCCGAAGAAAUGAGCAGCACCAGCAAUAAGAGGGCUCCAACCACAGCAACCCAGAGGCUGAAGCAGGACUACCUUCGCAUUAAGAAAGACCCAGUGCCCUACAUCUGUGCCGAGCCCCUCCCUUCGAAUAUUCUGGAGUGGCACUAUGUCGUCCGAGGCCCAGAGAUGACCCCUUACGAAGGUGGCUAUUAUCAUGGAAAACUAAUUUUUCCCAGAGAAUUUCCUUUCAAACCUCCUAGUAUUUAUAUGAUAACUCCCAAUGGAAGAUUUAAGUGCAACACCAGGCUGUGUCUUUCUAUCACGGAUUUCCACCCGGACACGUGGAACCCAGCCUGGUCUGUCUCCACCAUCCUGACCGGGCUCCUGAGCUUCAUGGUGGAGAAGGGCCCCACCCUGGGCAGUAUAGAGACGUCGGACUUCACGAAAAGACAACUGGCAGCGCAGAGUUUAGCGUUCAAUUUGAAAGAUAAAGUCUUUUGUGAAUUAUUUCCUGAAGUUGUGGAGGAAAUUAAACAAAAACAGAAAGCACAAGACGAACUCAGUAGCAAACCGCAGACUCUUCCCUUGCCAGACGUGGUUCCAGACGGGGAGACGCACCUCGUACAGAAUGGGAUUCAGCUUCUCAACGGGCAUGCGCCGGGGGCCGUCCCGAACCUCGCGGGGCUCCAGCAGGCCAACCGGCACCACGGACUCCUGGGCGGCGCCCUGGCGAACUUGUUUGUUAUAGUCGGGUUUGCAGCCUUUGCGUACACGGUCAAGUACGUGCUGAGGAGCAUCGCGCAGGAGUGAGGCCCGGGCGCCCAGACCCAAGGCGCCAGCGAGGGCACCGCGCGCCAGAGCGUGACCUGGGCAGGCUGGACACACUGCCCGGCACCGGCGGACCCACCAGGCUCCUGGGUUGAGCGUUUAAAAGCCUGAAAGGGGAAGCGAAAACCAAAAUGUGUGACCGGGCUUUGGAGGAGACCGAGACUCAGGCCUGCCCCGGCCUCGCGCCGCUGGGGCCGGCGUGGAUGGGCCGCUCGUGCGCUGGGUUUGUAGCUUCUCUUCCGUGUCGUCUUUGGAGCUGUUUUAGUAAACCCGUUUUUCAUUCUGUUAGAUGUGGUCACUUAGGAACAGACUCGCUGCCGACGCGGCUGCGCGUGCGCUCCUGGGGCUGCGGGCUCCGGCGGGGGAGGCGGGCGCGUGGAGGUGGCCGGGCCUGGCCGUGCGGUGACGGGGCUUAGCGGGCAGCAUGGCUCAGCAUCCAGGGAGAUGGGCUUUGGUCCCAGCAUUUGCGAACGUGUUUACGGUCAGGGUGAAACGCGCUCCUUCUGGAAAGUGCGCGGGGCCUUCGGCGGUCGUGGAGCCAGGACCUGCCCGCUCCGACCACAAGGUGUCGCCCUUGACCGCGGCGGCCGCGGGGGCGAGGGCGGGGCGGGGCCUCCUGGGCGCCCCUCGGGGCUGCAGGCGCGGGGGCCUCGGGUACCCGCAGAGCCGCUCCCCCGAAUUCCUUAAGUCCGGUGGCCCAGAGCCCGUCCUGUGCUGGCGGAAGGCGGAGGACCGGAGUCCCUGCGGGAGGCCGCCACGACCGGCAGGCUGGCCCCGUGCGCUCGGGGCCCCGCUCACAUCCCAUCCCGCGCCCCCUGCGCCGGUCUUCACCGUAGGUAACGGCGCCGGCCCGGGGUUCGCUCUCCACGGAAGAUGGCAGAGGGCGACCCCGGCCCGGGAACGACGCCUGAGCCGGCAGGGGCUCCCCGGGUCCGGCCGUCUCCCCUCUUCUCCGUCGGUUCCAUGACUUCGCCCGGGUGGGAUGUGCCGCAGGUGCAUCGCGUCGAGGUGGGUCGCGGCCGCCGGCAAGAAACCCACCGUGUCCAGAGGCGGGCGGCAGACAAGCCCAGCCCGCGCGCGCUCCUCUUUGUUUGUUUUUCCAUCGGUUUAUUCAGAAUUGCUCUAUAAUUUACCAAUUGUAUGUAUUUAACCUAUUGUGGAAAACAAAAAGUCUUUCAUUAUAUCUUUAUUUCUGAA